AAGGAAAAAAGGAAAAGCUAGAGCAAUUCAAUUCUGUUCCCUGAGAAAUCAAAACCCUAAAAAAAUGGGAGGCAAAUGUCCAAGCAGGAAGGUGAAGAAGAGAAGAUACUCUCACAAGACGGCUCGUCGCUCCAAAUUCCUCCUCAAAGAUAUCCUCUUUCUGAGUAAUAAUCACUGUUCUUAAGGUUUUUUGUAUAUUUAAUUUUGUGUGUCUACUGUUUCCUUGACUUGAUAAUUUUGAUUCACCCGACGAUGCGGUAUAUGAGGAGCUGCAAAAACCUGAUGGAGAGAUGAAGUCAAUUUUGCCUCUCGACGAGGAUUUACCUGGCAUGGGCCAAUAUUACUGUCUCCACUGCGACCGCUACUUUGCUAAUGUGACUGUGAGGGAUGAGCACUUCAAGACCAAACGUCACAAGAAGCGUGUGAAGCAAAUGAUGGGACCUGCACCACAUACUCAACUCGAUGCUGAGUGGGCUGCUGGAAUGGGUGCCCCGGAUAAUGGUCUUAAGCUUAUGUCCAUAUCGCAAGAGAUUCAAGUGAAAUGGGAAAUCGUGUUUCAUUGAGUCUUUCCCCAGUAGAAAAGGCAGAAGAAGCAAGUGAAAUUUUAGAAAGUGCAGACCCUUCUCUGAUUAUCAAGCUGCACGUCUGCCCUAUCCAUAUAUCCAACUCUAGUUUUAGGAUUUUUCUUUUUUUAAAAAAAAAUUUGCGGAACAUGAGAAACAGGAAAGGAAUCUAGAGCAUUCUCAGGAUUAGAGAAUGUUAUUGGAGAAUUGCAGCUUUUAUAAUUUCGCAGUACGUUUUGUAAGGUGAGCAAGCAAGAAAAUUAAAUGGCAUCUAUAUGCUAUAUAGCAGAUUAGGUAUUAGCCCUUGAGUUUGUAGUUUGACAGCAAACCUCUCGCAAUUGCAUGAAACUACAUGAAUAUCUUAUGUUGUUUGGGUUUGUUUCA